GAGCGGAAAGGGGGCGGGGCCUGAUGGAAGCCACGCCCUCCCAGGCGCCACGUGGGUGUAGCACCACGCCAAUCAAGAAAAUCCGGGCGUUGAUUGGUGGAAUAAACCGAGAGGGCCCGGAAGGUUCUGGAGGCGGCGGGCUCUGGAAGGUUCCGCCGGUGCGGCCUAUAAAAACGGGGCGGGGGAGUGAGGCCUAAAAUCGGGCCUAAAACACCGGCAACAUGGGGAAGGAUUAUUACCGGACACUGGGCCUGGCCCGGGGAGCUUCGGAUGAAGAGAUUAAACGAGCUUAUAGGCGCCAAGCGCUUCGCUUUCACCCGGAUAAGAACAAAGAACCCGGAGCUGAGGAGAGGUUUAAGGAAAUAGCCGAGGCCUACGACGUGCUGAGCGACCCCAAGAAGAGGGAGAUCUUCGAUAAGUACGGCGAGGAGGGUGAGGCAAUAUGGGGCUGCUAUGGGGGUCUAUGGGGUUAUGGGGCUCUUAUGGGGGGCUAUGGGGCUCUUAUG